AUGAGGAAGGGCACGGACAAGGAUUGGGAGGAGCGCUCGGGUUGCAUGACUUUCCCUGAUGCCGUUGCCAAGGCACUGAAGGCCAAGGGCCAGGACCCAGCCAAGUGGCUCCAGGAUUCUCGCAAGAUGUCCAUUGACCAGAUGCGCAAGGCAGCCGCAGACAUGGGCUGCGAUGUCUUCUUUGACUGGAAUUCCGCGCGCUCCGUGGAAGGCUACUUCCGCAUUAAGGGCUCCACUGAGUUCUGCAUCGAGCGUGCGAUCGCUUUCGCCCCCUAUGCUGACUGCAUUUGGAUGGAGACCGGCAAGCCCAUUCUGGCACAGGCCACGCAGUUUGCAAAGGAGGUGCGCGCAGCAGUUCCUCACCAGAUGCUGGCUUACAACCUGAGCCCGUCCUUCAACUGGGACAGUGCCGGCAUGACUGAUGCGCAGAUGGAGUCCUUCAUUUGGGACCUUGCCAAGCUCGGCUUUUGCUGGCAAUUCAUCACCCUGGCCGGCUUCCACUGCGAUGCCCUUAGCAUUGAUCUCUUUGCCAAGGAGUACUCCAAGCACGGUGCGGCGGCAUACGUGCAGAUGAUCCAGCGAAAGGAGCGCGAGAACAAGGUAGAGACCCUGACCCACCAGAAGUGGAGCGGAUCAGAGAUCGUGGACGAGAUGGGCAACAUCGUGAGCGGCGGCCUGUCCUCCACCGGCAUCAUGUCCGCGGGCGUUACGGAGAAGCAGUUCUGA